AACUACCAAUGCACAUGACUGGAUUUGCUCCCAAUGUCACCGCUCACGCUGCAGACCUUACAACUCACUCACCUGACAUAACCGCUCAUGCUACUGACGUUACAACUCAUUCACCUGACGUGACCGCUCAUGCUACUGACGUUACAACUCAUUCUCCUGAUGUAACCGCUCAUACAGCUGACCUUACGACUCCUUCCCCUGACUUAACUGCUCACUCUGCUGACAUUACAACUCAUUCUCCUGAUAGCCACCCUACGGACCCUAUAGACGGGCACAACAGCAUGGUGAGCAGUGGCAGCAGCAUGAGCAUCGUAAGUAACAUAAGCAGCAUCAAUGGCUGCUUCAUGGAUCCAUGGCCGGAUACCUACACAGCAGCCAUCGGACAGCACCUGGAAGCUCCCUCUGCUGCUGGUGUGUGCCUAGAUGACCUGUACUUGGUACCAGAUGACGUCACCAAGGUCCCGGGCGGCAUCGGCAACAUGAGGGAGUGCCAAGUCAUCAUAGGGUUUGGAGAUUCAGAUCUGAUGCACUUGUUUGCUGCGCAUGGCUGCGAUGACAUGGAUCUUGUACUGUUUGAUUGCUCAUGCUAGGUGUUGCUUCAAAGCGGUGUAAAACUGUCGUGACGAUACUAUGUUAGUAAUCUUUUGCAUUAGGUUCA